CAACAUAAAUACGUAGUAUAACUCUGCUUCGUUAACCUCGCUCCUCGCGCUCUCUCUCUCUCUCUUUCUCUGCACCCAAAAAAAAAAAAACAUUUUCUUGAGAAAGAAGCCACAACAGUCACAAUCUUACUUAACUUACUACUACUAUGGAUGUUGUUGAGAGUUUUGGUCAUGGCGAUCCUGAAACGCCGCGUUUCAGUGACGACUUUGGUUCUGGCUCUGCUUGCUCCACCCCGUUCGUUAGUGCUCCCUCUAGUCCCGGUCGUGGUCCUCCUCCAGGAUACUUCUUCAGCGCUCCGUCGAGUCCGAUGCAUUUCUUCCUUUGCUCUGCUUCUUCUUCUUCUUCAUCCGAGAAUCCUAAAAAGCUCAACUCCUCUUCUUGCGGCGACUUUGAGUUUGACUUCUCCUCGAGGUUGUCUUCGAGCAGUGGUCCUUCCAUGACCUCUGCUGAAGAGCUCUUCUCUAACGGCCAGAUCAAGCCCAUGAAGCUCUCCUCUCAUCUUCAGAGACCUCAGAUCCUAUCGCCGCUUCUUGAUCUGGAGAACGAGGAAGACGACGAAGACGACGACGAAGAUGCCAAGACACCAGACGGUGAGAUGAAGCGUGGCAGAGAUCUCAAACUCAGAAGCAGAUCUGUUCAUCGGAAAGCCAGAUCUCUCUCCCCGCUACGAAACGCAGCGUAUCACCAAUGGAGCCAAGAGGAUGAAGAAGAAGAAGAAGGAGUCGCCGGAGAGAGAGAGGUAAAGGAGUGUAUUAUAAGGAAGCUCCAAGAAGACGAGAACGUGCCUUCAGCUGAAACGACACCGUCUUGUUCAGCUUCAUCUUCACGAUCAUCCUCUUACGGUAGAAACUCCAAGAAAUGGAUCUUUCUCAAGGAUCUGCUUCAUCGUAGCAAAAGCGAAGGAAGAGGCAACGCUAAAGAGAAGUUCUGGUCCAACAUUUCAUUCUCUCCUUCCAAUUUCAAAGACAAGAAACUCAAAUCUCCUCAGCCUGCUGCUGAAGAGAAACCGAUUCAAGAAACUGUAGUUGACGAAUCCAAGAAGCAGAAACAGAAACAACCGCCGGCGAAGAAAACUCCAACCGUCGGAAAACCAACCAACGGGAUAGCUAAACGGCGAGGAUCACAGCCGUCUGCUCACGAGCUACAUUACACAACGAACAGAGCUCAAGCAGAGGAGAUGAAGAAGAGGACAUAUUUGCCUUACAGGCAUGGGCUCUUUGGCUGUUUAGGGUUUAGUUCCAAAGGUUACAGCGCGUUGAACGGUUUAGCCCGUAGCUUAAACCCAGUUUCAUCCGGUUAAGUCAUCAUAUCAUUAGAUUAAGCAAAAAAAUGUUUCUUAUGUAUAGAUUAUGAAUCCUCUCUUAUAUAGUAUAUGUCAUUGUAUUUUUCAGUUCUUAGAUUUAAUUACUAUGAUUCUCUUUUUAGUUCUUGGGAAUGUAUUCAGAAUCUAAAAAAAAUAUUACAGUGAUGUGUUGUAGUAAAAACAGUUUUGUGAGUUUUUUCUA